CAUUCUACUCGGAACGCGUGUUUCACACACAGUUACACGUGCGCGUGUAUAAUUUAUAUCCGUAUUCGCAGUUUCGCUCGUCAAAAUUAUACUUCAAACACACUUUGAAUGAAAUAGAGUAAAAAUUGCAUCAUUCUUUUUUUAUUUCGUGAGCUGUGUAGAAGCCACGUUCCUUUGCUUGAUUGCAAGCAAGCACACUACCGAAACUCAAUUCCCGAAAGAGUAUUAUUUAUUUAUUUGCGUUAAGUGAAAUUGAUAGUGUUGUGAAUACAAUGAGUGAAACACUCUUGGAACAAAUUAAAGAACAAGGUGAGCUGGUGAGAAAAUUGAAAGCUGCCAAAGAACCAGCCGCCAAGGUCAAAGAAGAGGUCGAUAAAUUGCUUGCGCUGAAGGCGAAAUUACAAGAUGGGGCACCUGCACCGGGAAACCAAAAAUUCACACUUAAAACGCCAAAGGGUACACGUGAUUUUGCUCCACAACAAAUGACACUGCGCCAAAGUGUACUCGAAAAGAUUGUGGCAGUUUUCCAAAAACACGGAGCAGAAACCAUUGAUACACCCGUUUUCGAACUCAAAGACGUAUUGACCGGGAAAUACGGAGAGGAUUCGAAACUAAUUUAUGACUUGAAGGAUCAAGGUGGAGAGAUUUUAGCACUUCGAUAUGAUUUAACUGUUCCCUUAGCUAGGUACUUGGCCAUGAACAAGGUUUCAAGCAUCAAACGAUACCACAUAGCUAAAGUCUAUCGAAGAGAUAAUCCAUCCAUCGCUCGCGGUCGCUAUCGUGAAUUUUAUCAAUGCGAUUUUGACAUUGCUGGCACAUACGAUCCAAUGUUACCAGAUGCCGAAUGCGUCAAAGUGGUCUCCGAAAUAUUGAACACAUUGGAUAUUGGCGAUUUUGUGAUUAAGUUGAACCAUCGGCAAUUGCUUGACGGAAUGUUCGAAGCUUGCGGUGUGCCAGUUGACAAAUUCCGAACAAUUUGCUCGAGUGUUGAUAAAUUAGACAAGAGUCCAUGGGCUGACGUUCGACGCGAAAUGAUCGAAGAGAAAGGUUUGGAUGAAGCAGUAGCCGAUAAAAUUGGCGAGUACGUACAAUUGAGCGGGAAUGUUGAAUUGGUCGAAAAAUUGCUGGAAAAUGAGCACUUGAGCAAAGUUCCUGCGGCCGUUGCCGGAUUACAAGCAACCAAAUUGCUGCUGAACUACUGCAACAUUCUUGGAUUACAGGAUGAAAUAGUGUUUGACUUGAGCUUGGCUCGUGGUCUUGACUACUACACCGGUGUUAUUUAUGAGGCUAUUUUGAAAGCCGAACCACCAACAGUAGCCAACCACAUGAACGAAGCGUCAGCGGAAGAACGUGUUGGAUCGAUUGCUGGCGGUGGCCGUUACGACAAUCUUGUCGGAAUGUUCGAUCCAAAGGGUAAAUCGAUUCCAUGCGUCGGUGUUUCCAUUGGAAUCGAACGAAUUUUCUCGGUGCUAGAGGCAAAGUACGCAGCAGAAAAGGUUAAAAUGCGUACAAAACUUGUAGAUGUCUACGUUGCAUCGGUUCACAAAGGCUUGUACGAGAAACGACUUAAAAUUACCGGUGAUCUAUGGAAUGCUGGCGUCCGCGCUGAGCAUUCGUACAAAUUGAAUCCAAAACUAUUGGUUCAAUUGCAACAUUGUGAAGAACAUGGCAUCCCAUAUGCCGUUGUAUUCGGCGACGCUGAACUGGAGCGUGGCGUUGUGAAACUUCGCGAAGUGUUCUCACGAAAGGAAGAGGAAGUUUCACUCAGCGGCUUGGCUGAAGAAAUACGAAAACGUUUAAUCGAAAAAGAAAUCUAACUUCGAGCAUUCAAUCAUCAACACUGGAAAUUGGAUAAAAUACUUUUACUAAGCAUUUACUUCGAGAUAUCAACCAGAUGAUUUGUAUUUAUUUUAGGUGGAACUCAGCACAAUAAAACAGAAACAUAAAAUGGCAAAUAAUGCAAUUUACUUGAGCAAUUUAAUAAAAAGAAAACUUUGGAUAUCUUGCAAA